CCCGCCGCCGGCAACAGUCGGAGGUGCCGGGGUCUCCAUGGAGCUGUGGGAGCAGUGCAGCCUUUGCCACCCUGCCGGCCGUCCCAGACGCUGCUCCAUCCCUCCGAGGGGAGGGGGUGGGAGAGAGGCGCCCCUUUCCCGGUUCUGUGCCCGCCCUGCCUUCUGUUUUGGGGUUCCCACGUGUGAUUUUUGACCUGCUCCCGCUGUCCCUGCAGAGCUCUCUCCCCUCCUGCUUCCUCACUGUGGUGGCUGGGCUGUUUCUCCCAUGACUCUCUGCGUCUAGAUCUGGCUGUCCCCGUGCCUUUGCCAAUCAAACCUGAACUUCCUCCUCUGACAGUGAAGAGAGGGGCUCCUGCCCCUUCUGGGUCACUUUUCCUCCCCUCACCUUGACUCCAAGUCGCCUCCGCCCGCGCGUCCCCGCGCCCCCCGCCCUGCCUGCCCCGGGCACCCGUCACCCAUGGACGACUCGGAAGUGGAGUCGACCGCCAGCAUCCUUGCCUCUGUCAAGGAGCAGGAGGCACAGUUCGAGAAGCUGACCCGGGCCCUGGAGGAGGAACGGCGCCAUGUCUCAGCCCAGCUGGAGCGAGUCCGGGUCUCCCCACAGGACGCCGGCCCGGGCUUGGCCAACGGCACGCUCACCCGGCGGCACCAGAACGGACGUUUCUUGGGCGAUGCUGACCUGGAAAGGCAGAAGUAUUCAGAUCUGAAGCUGAACGGGCCACAGGACCACAGCCACCUCUUGUACAGCACAAUCCCCAGGAUGCAGGACCCGGGGCAGAUCGUGGAGGAGACGUACACCAUGGAGGAAGACCCGGAAGGGGCCAUGUCAGUCGUGUCUGUGGAGACGUCAGAUGAUGGGACAACCCGGCGUACGGAGACCACGGUGAAGAAAGUGGUGAAGACCGUGACCACCCGGACAGUGCAGCAGGUGCCGGUGGGGCCCGACGGGCUGCCUUUGGAAACCUCCCCCGUCACCAGCAACUACGUCCAGACCAUGGACAGGAACUUCCGCAAGAACGGCAAUGGGGGCCCCGGCAGCUACCUGAGCCAGGCGGGCACGGCCACCCUCCCUCGCAACUACCACUACCCCGACGGCUACGGCCGCCCCUACGAGGACGGCUACCCGGGCAGCGACCACAGCUACGGCAGCCUGUCCCGCGUCACCCGCAUCGACGAGCGCUACCGUCCCUCCAUGGACACCUACCGCGCCCCCAGCCGCCAGGACAUCUACGGCCCCCAGCCCCAGGUGCGCGUCGGGGGCAGCAACAUGGACCUCAACCAUUUCCACCCCGAGCCGUACGGCCUGGAGGACGACCAGCGCAGCGUGGGCUUCGAGGAUGUGGACUACGGGCUCAUGUCCGACUACGGCACGGCCAGGAGGGCGGGCACCCCCUCGGAUGCCCGGCGGCGGCUCAGGAGCUACGAAGACAUGCUGGUGGACGACGUGGCCCCGGACCGGUACUACUGGGCCCCGCUGGCCCAGCACGAGCGGGGCAGCCUGGCCAGCCUGGACAGCCUGCGGAAGGGAGCUCCGGCCCCGGGGAACUGGCGCCAGCCGGAGCUGCCGGAGGUGAUCGCCAUGCUGAGCUUCCGGCUGGACGCCGUCAAGUCCAACGCGGCCGCCUACCUGCAGCACCUGUGCUACCGCAACGACAAGGUGAAGACGGAGGUGCGCCGGCUCAAGGGCAUCCCCGUGCUGGUGGGGCUGCUGGACCACCCCAAGAAGGAGGUGCACUACGGCGCCUGCGGGGCCCUCAAGAACAUCUCCUUCGGCAAGGACCAGGACAACAAGAUCGCCAUCAAGAACUGCGACGGCGUGCCCGCGCUGGUGCGCCUGCUGCGGAAGGCCCACGACAUGGACCUCACGGAGGUCAUCACAGGGACGCUGUGGAACCUGUCCUCGCACGACUCCAUCAAGAUGGCCAUCGUGGACCACGCGCUGCACGCUCUGACCGACGAGGUGGUCAUUCCCCGCUCCGGCUGGGAGCGGGAGCCCAACGAGGACUCCAAACCCCGCCACAUCGAGUGGGAGUCGGUGCUCACCAACACCGCUGGCUGCCUUAGGAAUGUGAGCUCGGAGCGGAGCGAGGCCCGUCGGAAGCUGCGGGAAUGUGACGGGCUGGUGGAUGCCCUGAUCUACAUCGUGCAGUCCGAGAUCGGCCAGAAGGACUCGGACAGCAAGCUGGUGGAGAACUGCGUGUGCCUGCUGAGAAACUUGUCCUACCAAGUGCACCGGGAGAUCCCCCACGCCGAGCGCUACCAGGAGACUCCCCUGGUCCCUGCCAACAACGCCGGGCCCCACGCCGCCAGCUGCUUCGGUGCCAAGAAGGGCAAAGACGAGUGGUUCUCCAGAGGUAAAAAGCUCCCAGAAGACCCUGGUGCCGACACAGUGGAUUUUCCCAAGAGAACAACUCCAGCCAAAGGCUACGAGCUCCUCUUCCAGCCAGAAGUGGUGCGGAUAUACAUCUCCCUCCUGAAGGAGAGCAAGACUCCGGCCAUCCUGGAGGCUUCGGCGGGAGCCAUCCAGAACCUGUGUGCUGGCAGCUGGACGUACGGCCGGUACAUCCGCUCGGCGCUGCGCCAGGAGAAGGGGCUCUCCGCCAUCGCCGACCUGCUGAGCCACGACAGCGAGCGCGUGGUGAAGGCGGCGUCCGGCGCCCUGCGCAACCUGGCCGUGGACCUGCGGAACAAGGAGCUGAUCGGCAAGCACGCCAUCCCCAACCUGGUGAAGAACCUGCCUGGAGGCCAGCAGACCCCUGCCAAAAACCUCUCUGAGGACACAGUGGUGUCCAUCCUCAACACCAUCAACGAAGUGAUCGUGGACAACCUCGAGGCCGCCAAGAAGCUGCGGGAAACGCAGGGGAUUGAGAAGCUGGUGCUGAUCAACAAAUCUGGGAACCGCUCAGAGAGAGAAGUCCGAGCAGCCGCCCUCGUCUUGCAGACAGUCUGGGGCUACAAGGAGCUGCGGAAGCCCCUGGAGAAGGAAGGCUGGAAGAAGUCAGAUUUCCAGGUGAACCUGAGCAAUGCCUCUCGGACCCAGGGAGGCAACUCAUUUGAUGACAGCACCUUGCCUCUCAUCGACAGGAACCAAAAAACAGAUAAGAAAUCCUCCCGGGAGGAGAUCCAGAUGAGCAACAUGGGACCAGACAACUAUUCCACACUCAACGAGAGGGACCACAGCAGGACGCUGGAGCGAUCCGGCGACCUGGGAGAGAUGGAGCCGGUGAAGGCAGCACCGCUGAUGCAGGAGGAGGAGGGGCAGGAGCCGCAGCCUGAGGUAGAGGAGGCGGAGGAAGAAGCUGCUGUGCUUUCCCCCGUGUCGCAGAAGAUCUAGCUGGCCUGCCCACCUCCGCUCCGUUUGGGUUGAUAAUAUAUUAUAUAUAUAAAUAUAUAACUCUUCAUGGUGGAAUGGACCGACUUUUACCUUGUCUUACUGUUGGAAUUUUUGCUGGACUCCUUGUGCCAACCAUCCAGCCAAACCAUCCCUGGGCCGGCUCCCCGGGGCAGCCUGGGGCCGCUCGGCCUCCUCUGGGCCUCUGCACCUCCCCGUCCCGGGACACCACGACUGAGAGCUCCUCUUCCCAUCCUCCUCCAACACCACCUCCUUCCUCCCGAGGGGUAGAACCUCUUCCUGCCUGACUCUGCCGGAUCAGCCGGCGUGGAUGCUGCACAAGGACUCGGAUCUCUGCCUUGACCAGGAGCUGCCUUCUCUCCCACGCCUUCCCCCUGCUGCGAGGCGUCCGCAGGGACAGGGACUGGGACCUCACUCGCCGCCGCCUUGUUUUUGGUUUGGUUUCGUUGCCUAUAGGAUGUAUUUUUUUUUUUUUUUUUUUUUUUUUGUGCGGGAUCACUCUUCAGCCAGGGACAGCACAGACAUCCCUCCUCCCUGGGGGCUGCAGCACCAGGGUCCGGGGGCUGGAGCCGUGGUGGGGAGGGCGAGAGGAAGGACGGCCAGCAGCCAGCAAUAACUUCUCUUGCUUUGCUCUAGACGAGGCUUCGGGGGGUGUGGGAAGGGGGAUGUGGCUCUGGAUCCUGCGGAGGGGUCUGGAUGGGGGAGCCCCGGGCUCCCACCCGGUGCCUGUGUGAGGAGGAUCCUUAUGUGGGGAAGAGGGGCAGUGCUGGGGCGAGGGGCAGGCCUCCCGGGGCGGGGGCGAGGGGUCCCUGCCCCUCGGAGGGAGGAGACGCGGUAGGAUUUUGGGGAGAGGGCUUGGGGUGCGCCGUGCCGGGCGGCUGGAGCCGGGACCCCCACGGCACUGCCCCCCCCCGACUUUCUCUUGACACGUGCCUUUCUUUUGCCACUGUGAAAUAGCUGUUUGAAUCGUACUGUCCGGCUGCUUCCCUGGGGGAAGGGGAGUUUCCUGGGCUUCCAGCAGGGCUGAACUCCUCCCUUCCCCACCGGGAGCCUUCCCUGUCUGCAGUGGGGCUGGGAGCCUGUUUCUGGGGGGAACCCACCCCCCCUGCCCUCGCUGAGAGGGUUCAGGGCAUUGCCAUCCAGGCCUGGGGAGCCUGGGCUGCCACGGGAGCUGGGAUGUGCUCCUCCUCCUCCUCUUGGCUGUGGUGCUGGGGCACAUUGACGUGCUGUGAUCUUCUGGGGGGCCCUGCUGCUCCCUGUGCAACUGGAAGUCUCUGUAGGAGGCUGCAAACUGGAGCAGGAGCCCUCCCAGCCCGGGGCUCCCCCUGAGAGGGGUGUGGGGAGGUGGCAGGGGCAGAGCUGGUGCCUUGUUCCUGCCCCAAAUCUCCCCCCCCCAGCACCAGCUGGGCCCUCCCUGCUUCCAGCCCCACCUCAGCUCGGUUGGGUUUUGUUCUGGGGUCUAACUCUUCUCUUUUCCUUUAAAUAUGUAAAACACUAAUUCCUUUUGUAAUUUUUAAUUCUAAAUGAACCAAAAAGACAGUGUCCCCCUCCUCUCCUCCUCGGCCCCGCUGGGGAGGGGGGCUAAAGGAGGGGAGGAGGGGGAAGCACCAAGCCGUUCCUUGUCUGAUUCCUGUGCACACUCUUGUAACGCUUUGAAAACAAAAUGAUUUUUUUAUAUAAAUAAAGUUUUUAAAGUGUG